GCCCUUCCUUCUUCCAUGAUUAUAGUAGCAGUUUAUUGUCCUGUGGUAGCUGCUGUUUUCAUUGUUCUGAAGAUGGUCAACUAUCGACUCCACAGAGCGCUGGAUGCCGGAGAAGUCAUAGACAGGAGCACAAAUGAAUUUGUAGAUCAGCGAGCCAAAGCUGAACAAGGCAACUGUUCAACCAGGAGGAAAGACAGCAAUGGACCAAGUGAUCCUGGUGGAGGGAUUGAAAUGUCUGAGUUCAUUCGAGAGGCCACACCUCCAGUUGGUUGCAGUUCAAGAAAUUCUUAUGCUGGUCUAGAUCCAAGUAACCAGAUUGGAUCCGGUUCCUCUCGUCUUGGAACAGCAGCCACUGUUAAAGGAGAUACAGACACUGCUAAGACUUCUGAUGAUAUCAGUUUAAGUCUAGGCCAGAGCUCUAGUCUCUGUAAGGAAGGAAGCGAAGAGCAAGAUUUGGCAACUGAUCGGAAGCUCUUCCGUUUGGUCUCCAAUGACUCCUUCAUCUCCAUUCAGCCUUCCUUGUCCUCUUGUGGACAGGACUUACCAAAGGACUUGAGUGACAAAACAAGCUUGCCCAGUCAUAGCCACCACCACCACAUUGAACAGUCUCUUUCUAGCGCCUGUGACACAGAAGUAGCUUCCCUUGUACCUUUACAUUCACAUUCGUACAGGAAAGAUCACCGGCCACGAGGUGUACCGCGGACUUCCAGCUCUGCUGUGGCUUUUCCUGACACUUCGCUGAAUGACUUCCCUCUUUAUCAGCAGAGACGUGGAUUAGAUCCAGUUAGUGAGUUAGAAUCUUCUAAGCCUCAUUCUGGAUCUAAAGAAUCCUUGGCAGACAAUGCCUGUGUACCAGGGGGAUUUCAGCAUGCUGAUGACCUGAAAAACAGUCAUUCUCAGCCACCCACCAAAAGCGGGAAGAAGAAAGCGUUGAACGCUGACAAAAGCGUGGACAGCCUGCGGAGCCUGAGCACCCGGAGUAGCGGGUCAACAGAGAGCUACUGCAGUGGGACGGACCGUGACACCAACAGCACCGUUAGCAGCUAUAGGAGUGAGCAGACCAGCUCCACUCACAUCGAGAGCAUCUUGUCGGAGCAUGAGGAGUCUCCUAAGGUGGGAAAGAGAAGCACUGGGAAAGAAGAGUCCUGUCCUGACCCUGAGAACGUGAGUAGCUGCGCUAGUGACAAAAGGACUAACAGUGACAAGACUGUCCUGGAAGUGAGUUCAAAUAGUGGGGCUCCUGAGGCCCAGGAUUCUCAGGCCUCUGAUGAGAUGCACAACCAGAGAGAGAUUAGCACCUCUGCAUCUGAGGAAGCCAAUAAAAACCCCCAUGCGAAUGAGUUUCCCGCACCAGCGAACAGACCACCAGCCGCCGAAGGCAAAGAGGAGCAGAGUGAGAAGGCCAGUGUGGUCGUGGAUUCAAAAGUCGGUAAAGACACUGGGGGAAAGCAGAAGGAAGGGGAUGUUCGGCCCAAGUCCUCCAGCUUAAUCCACAGGACAGCCUCUGCCCACAAGUCAGGCCGGAGACGAGCAGGAAAGAAACGGGCCAGCAGCUUUGACUCGAGCAGGCACAGGGACUACGUUGCUUUUCGAGGAGUUUCUGGCACCAAACCGCACAGUGCUAUAUUUUGUCAUGAUGAGGACUCCAGUGAUCAGAGUGACUUGAGUAGAGCGUCAAGUGUUCAGUCUGCUCACCAGCUGAGCAGUGACAGCUCCUCCAGCAACACCUCUCAUUCCUGCCAGUCUCCCGAGGGCAGGUACAGUGCUCUGAAAACCAAACGCGCUCCUAAGGAGAGGGGGGCUGGCUCUGAACACGUGCACAGGACUCAUCUGGGUCCUGAAGGAACCAGCAAAAAGCGGACCCCGCGACGGACUUCCAGUACAAACAGUGCCAAGACCCGUGCCCGCGUGCUGAGCUUGGACAGUGGCACAGUAGCGUGUUUGAAUGAUUCAAAUAGACUCAUGGCACCUGAAAAUAUAAAGCCAUUAACCACUUCAAAAUCCGAUCUUGAGGCCAAAGAGGGAGAGGUGCUAGAUGAGCUGUCUUUACUGGGACGGGCUUCACAGUUAGAGACCGUCACUCGAUCUAGGAAUAGUUUGCCAAGCCAGGCUGCAUUUCCCGAAGGGGAAGAGCAAGAUGCCAUCAGUGGAGCAGCUGCAGCACAGGCCAGCGAGGAGACAGUGUCGUUUCGCCGCGAACGCAGUACAUUUAGGCGCCAGGCAGUGCGGCGCCGGCACAAUGCAGGGAGUAACCCUACCCCUCCUACCUUGCUCGUCGGACCACCCCUCAGCCUUCAAGAUGGUCAGCAAGGCCAGCAGUCCACAGCCCAGGUCAAAGUCCAGUCCCGUCCCCCUUCUCAGGCUGCAGUGCUCAGUGCUAGUGCCUCCUUGCUGGUGAGAAAUGGGAGUGUCCACUUAGAAGCGUCACAUGACAAUGCAUCUGCUGUAGGCGGUAGCAGUUUGCACGAUGAACUUGGUAAGUUCUCUUCUACGCUCUAUGAGACUGGUGGCUGUGAUAUGUCACUUGUGAAUUUUGAACCAGCAGCAAGAAGAGCGUCCAAUAUCUGUGACACGGACUCUCAUGUAUCCAGUUCUACCUCAGUACGAUUUUACCCACAUGAUGUGCUCUCUCUCCCACAGAUUCGGUUGAACAGACUGUUGACCAUCGAUACAGAUUUGCUGGAACAGCAGGACAUUGAUCUAAGCCCUGAUUUGGCGGCCGCCUAUGGUCCAACAGAAGAAGCUGCCCAAAAGGUUAAACACUAUUACCGCUUUUGGAUCCUGCCCCAGCUGUGGAUCGGCAUUAACUUUGACAGACUCACACUUCUGGCACUGUUUGAUAGAAAUCGUGAGGUCCUGGAAAAUGUACUAGCUGUCAUCCUGGCUAUUCUUGUGGCUUUUUUGGGAUCCGUUCUUCUCAUACAGGGCUUCUUCAGAGACAUCUGGGUCUUUCAGUUCUGCCUGGUCAUAGCCAGCUGUCAAUACUCACUACUGAAGAGUGUUCAGCCAGAUUCUUCUUCUCCCAGACAUGGUCAUAAUCGUAUCAUUGCCUACAGUAGACCAGUUUACUUCUGUUUGUGUUGUGGUCUCAUUUGGCUCUUGGAUUAUGGUAGCAGAAACCUUACUACAACUAAGUUCAAAUUAUAUGGAAUAACUUUCACCAAUCCACUGGUAUUUGUAUCAGCCAGGGAUUUAGUUAUAGUGUUUACACUCUGUUUCCCGGUAGUAUUUUUCAUUGGUCUCCUGCCUCAGGUGAACACAUUUGUAAUGUACCUUUGUGAACAAUUGGAUAUUCAUAUCUUUGGUGGUAAUGCCACCACAAGCCUGCUUGCAGCACUUUACAGUUUUAUCUGUAGUAUUGUGGCAGUAGCCUUGUUGUAUGGACUGUGUUAUGGAGCUUUAAAGGAUUCAUGGGAUGGACAGCAUAUUCCAGUACUUUUCUCUGUUUUUUGUGGUUUGUUAGUGGCAGUAUCCUAUCAUCUCAGCCGACAAAGCAGUGAUCCAUCAGUACUUUUUUCUUUGGUGCAAUCCAAGAUUUUUCCAAAAGCAGAAGAAAAAAAUCCAGAAGAUCCUUUAUCUGAAGUAAAAGACCCACUGCCUGAAAAACUUAGAAAUUCUGUUAGUGAGCGUUUACAGUCUGACCUAGUCGUGUGCAUUGUACUUGGCGUGCUGUAUUUUGCUAUUCAUGUAAGCACAGUGUUCACGGUAUUGCAACCCGCUCUCAAGUAUGUGUUAUAUGCAUUAGUCGGCUUUGUGGGGUUUGUAACCCACUAUGUGCUGCCUCAAGUUAGGAAACAGCUACCAUGGCACUGUUUCUCUCACCCUUUGCUGAAGACAGCAGAGUACAAUCAAUAUGAAGUUCGAAAUGCAGCCACUAUGAUGUGGUUUGAAAAACUUCAUGUAUGGCUUCUUUUUGUGGAGAAGAAUAUCAUCUACCCACUGGUUGUCCUUAAUGAACUUAGUAGCAGUGCAGAGACAAUUGCCAGUCCAAAGAAACUGGAUACAGAAUUCGGUGCUUUAAUGAUCACCAUCGCGGGCUUAAAGUUGCUGCGAUCCUCUUUUAGCAGCCCUACGUACCAGUAUGUCACCGUCAUCUUUACUGUGCUCUUUUUCAAGUUUGACUAUGAGGCUUUUUCCGAGACAAUGCUAUUGGAUCUCUUUUUCAUGUCCAUACUGUUCAACAAGCUUUGGGAACUCCUUUAUAAGUUGCAGUUCGUGUACACCUAUAUCGCUCCGUGGCAGAUCACGUGGGGUUCCGCUUUCCAUGCGUUUGCUCAGCCCUUUGCCGUGCCCCAUUCAGCCAUGCUGUUUAUUCAGGCUGCUGUGUCAGCCUUCUUCUCUACCCCGCUAAACCCCUUCCUGGGAAGUGCGAUAUUCAUCACUUCGUACGUCCGACCUGUGAAAUUCUGGGAGAGAGACUAUAACACAAAACGAGUGGAUCAUUCAAAUACCAGAUUGGCUUCUCAACUUGAUAGAAAUCCAGGAUCAGAUGAUAACAAUCUGAAUUCCAUCUUUUAUGAACAUUUAACCAGAUCCCUACAACAUAGCCUCUGUGGUGAUUUGCUCCUAGGACGGUGGGGAAACUACAGCACUGGAGACUGUUUCAUCCUUGCCUCUGACUAUCUCAAUGCAUUAGUACACCUCAUAGAGAUAGGCAAUGGCCUGGUGACUUUCCAGCUGCGGGGACUUGAAUUUAGAGGUACUUACUGUCAACAACGGGAAGUGGAAGCUAUUACGGAAGGGGUAGAAGAAGAUGAAGGAUUUUGCUGUUGUGAACCUGGCCAUAUUCCUCACGUACUUUCAUUUAAUGCUGCCUUCAGCCAGCGUUGGCUAGCUUGGGAAGUGAUAGUUACUAAGUAUAUUCUGGAGGGCUAUAGCAUCACUGAUAAUAGCGCGGCUUCCAUGCUUCAGGUCUUUGAUCUUCGGAAAGUGCUCACCACUUACUACGUCAAGGGUAUCAUUUACUAUGUUACAACCUCCUCUAAGUUAGAAGAGUGGCUGGCUAAUGAGACAAUGCAGGAAGGACUUCGUCUGUGCGCAGAUCGAAAUUAUGUUGAUGUAGAUCCAACAUUUAAUCCAAACAUUGAUGAAGACUAUGACCAUCGGCUGGCAGGCAUAUCCAGGGAGAGUUUCUGUGUGAUUUACCUUAACUGGAUAGAGUACUGCUCUUCCCGGAGAGCAAAGCCACUGGAUGUGGACAAAGAUUCAUCCCUGGUAACUCUGUGUUAUGGACUCUGUGUUCUGGGACGGAGAGCUUUGGGAACUGCAUCCCACCAUAUGUCCAGUAAUUUAGAGUCAUUCCUCUAUGGAUUGCAUGCCCUGUUUAAAGGAGAUUUCCGUAUUUCUUCAAUCCGAGAUGAAUGGAUCUUUGCUGACAUGGAAUUGCUGAGAAAAGUAGUAGUCCCUGGAAUUCGUAUGUCCAUUAAACUUCAUCAGGAUCACUUCACUUCCCCAGAUGAGUACGACGACCCCACUGUGCUCUAUGAAGCCAUCGUGUCACACGAGAAGAACCUUGUGAUCGCCCACGAAGGGGACCCCGCGUGGCGGAGCGCAGUCCUUGCCAACUCCCCCUCCCUGCUUGCCCUGCGGCACGUCAUGGAUGAUGGCACCAAUGAGUACAAGAUCAUCAUGCUCAACAGACGCUACCUGAGUUUCAGAGUCAUUAAGGUGAACAAGGAAUGUGUCCGAGGUCUUUGGGCUGGGCAACAGCAGGAACUUGUGUUUCUUCGGAACCGUAACCCAGAGAGAGGUAGCAUCCAGAAUGCAAAGCAAGCUCUACGAAACAUGAUAAACUCAUCCUGUGAUCAGCCCAUUGGCUACCCCAUCUUUGUCUCUCCCCUGACGACCUCUUACUCCGACAGCCAUGAGCAGCUCAAAGAAAUUCUUGGAGGGCCUAUCAGCUUGGGAAAUAUCAGAAACUUUGUAGUGUCGACUUGGCACAGGCUAAGGAAAGGUUGUGGAGCUGGAUGUAACAGUGGGGGCAAUAUCGAGGAUUCUGACACUGGAGGUGGAACUUCCUGUCCUGGUAACAAUGCCACAACUGCCAACGACCCCCACGGCAACGUGCCCCAGGGAAGCACUGGAAAUCCCGGGCAGGGGUCGGGAGUGGGACUCCAUCCGCCUGUCACUUCUUACCCUCCAGCACUAGGCACCAGCCACAGCGCCCACUCAGUGCAGUCCAGCCUGGUCAGACAGUCUCCCGCUCGGGCCUCUGUAGCCAGCCAGUCUUCCUACUGCUACAGCAGCCGGCACUCGUCCCUCCGGAUGUCCACCACGGGAUUCGUGCCUUGUCGGCGCUCUUCCACCAGCCAGAUAUCACUCCGAAACUUGCCGUCCUCCAUCCAGUCCCGCCUGUCCAUGGUGAACCCGAUGGAGCCCUCCGGCCAGAGUGCGGCCUGUGUGCAGCAUGGCCUUCCCUCUUCCAGCAGCUCCAGCCAAAGCAUCCCAGCUUGCAAACAUCACACUCUCGUGGGCUUCCUUGGGACAGAGGGAGGUCAGAACAGUGCCACUGAGGCCCAGCUAGGGAGCACCUUAAGUCCUGCCAGUCAUUCACAUGCCAGAAAGGGGGAUGUGAUUUACAGAGUCCAAAUAGUGGAUCCUAGUCAAAUUCUGGAAGGGAUCAAUUUGUCAAAAAGGAAAGAGCUGCAGUGGCCUGAUGAGGGAAUCCGACUAAAAGCUGGAAGAAACAGCUGGAAAGAGUGGAAUCCCCAGGAGGGCAUGGAAGGCCAUGUGAUUCACCGAUGGGUGCCUUGCAGCAGAGAUCCAGGUACGAGAUCCCACAUCGACAAGGCAGUGCUUCUGGUCCAGAUUGAUGACAAAUAUGUGACUAUAAUUGAAACUGGGGUACUAGAACUUGGGGCUGAAGUAUGAGCUGGUGUUUUAUAGCUGCAUUUCUUUACUGUCUCAUUUCGGAGACAUUGGCAAAAGAGAGGAGCGACAGAAGAUGCCUGCAGGGAUGCCUUCGGUCCUGUGUGGGAGAGCCUGGAGAACAGUGACGCGGCCAAGCGCCUCUGCUUCGUCCUCCGCCCUGCCUCCACCCCCAAUAAAGCUGAAAUAUUUUUUUAAGUUAGCUGCUGAGAAAACAUUUGCAUGAAGGAUAAAUUUCUGUUGAAAUACAUCUUUAAAAAGUUUUUCCUAUACAAUGCCUAUGCUUUAAAUCAACAAACUUCAUUUCUAAACUAUGUCUCAUAUUUUUCUAAUUUGUUUGCCAAAAAUAAUUGCCAUGUUUUGUCAUGGAACAUGAAAUCCAUUGACCUUGAUUUUUACAAACAGACCCAUGUAGAAGCGUUUGAUUUGAUACAUAGCAGUAUAAAAGUUUAAUGUACAGUGAGAGAGAAGAUGAACAGAGGUAGAUUUAUCUUAGUCCUCGAAUGCUAAAAACUUUAAUGGAAAAAAAACUGCACUAAUUUUUUACGAUGCACUAAAUUCUGAGAUUUCUCAGAACAUUUAUUUAUAUAUAAAAUAAAGUACCAUUAUUUAAAUUGCCUUUGGGAUUAACCCCUUCCCUUUCCUGAUGUAGUCAACAGGAAUUGUGCUGCUCGUUUUUCUGUUAAUAGUCUAUAUUCAUGCCAGUACAUUGGAUGUGUUCUUUAAGAUGAAUACGAAAUCUCAAGAUAGCGUAACUUCAUCCUUGACAUUUCCCGGAGCCAGUGGUCAGCGGACCAGUCAUCUGAACACCACUGCCAGCUCCUGUGUCCACAUCUCAGAUGAGCUCCUUGCAGUGUGUCCCCUGUGCUUCUCUGCACGGGGCAGGCUCUGCUGGGGUUGGUUCUGGGAAGAAGAGGAAUGUCCAGGAAUUUAAAGAGACGAUUGAUUGCUUUUUAUUUGAAGAGUCUUAGCUCUUGAAGUUACUCAUAUGAAGUUCAGUUUCUCAAGUCAAAUUUUUUCAAAUAAAAUUACCCAAAUGGUGCAGUUCUUACCAGUAUAUUCCUCUUCAAUAACUUUGCUUUCUCUUUCCAUCACCUCUUCUUUUUCUAGUACUUGAAUUUUAUUUCAUGUAAUUUAUAGUGUAUAAUUGUAAUUUGAAAUAUUUAUAACUGUGAAAUUGACUUAAUUCAUGUAUUGUCUCAUAAAUUGUAUUAAUUUUUUAAAAGAGUGUAUUCAGGGAAAUAUAUAACUCAGACUUACAAUUGGGCUGUAUGAGAACUGCAAUUUAGUUUUAAUUUUCAACUUUUAGGAUUUUUAAAUUCUUAAGAAAAAUUUUUGUGUGGUUUGAAAUUCCAAAGAAAAUUCUUCAUCUCCUCUGAGCAUUUAGGAGCAGCCAUCUCUCUGUCCCCAAAGAAUAGGUAGG